AUGGGAGGAUGCUUCUCCAAGCCCAAACCAGUUGAAGUGAAAAUUGAAGUUGUGAUACCCGAGAAGGAGAGAAGCAAGGAGGAGAUGUCGCCCAAUGGGAAAGCCAGCCCGCUGAUCUACAAAGUCAAUGGGACUGCCCGGCAUUAUCAUCUCGAGGAGCAUCCCAUUGCCAGCAACCCCUACCACAACCCAAAGGAUGUGGUGGAAGCAUCCGUGUGCCAUGUGAAGGACCUGGAGAAUGGACAGAUGCGGGAAGUGGACCUGGGCUGCGGGAAGGCUCUGCUCAUCAAAGAGAGCGGCGAGUUCCACGCCGUGGGACACAAAUGUCCCCACUAUGGGGCUCCACUGGUCAAAGGGGUUUUGUCCAAAGGAAGAGUCCGCUGUCCUUGGCACGGAGCUUGCUUCAACAUCAGCACAGGCGACAUAGAGGACUUUCCUGGGUUGGACAGCUUACCCAGGUUCCAGGUGAAGAUUGAGAAGGAGAAGGUGUACAUCCGAGCAAGCAAGCAGGCUCUUCAGACACAGAGGAGGACAAAGAUGAUGGCAAAGUGCAUCUCCUUGAGCAACUAUAACCUGAGCAGUACCAACGUGCUGAUCAUCGGUGCAGGGGCAGCUGGACUGGUCUGUGCCGAGACCUUGCGCCAGGAGGGUUUCUCGGACAGGAUUGUGAUGUGCACGAUGGACAGACACUUGCCCUACGACAGACCAAAGCUCAGUAAGUCUAUGGAUUCCCACCCGGAGCAGAUUGCCCUGCGCCCCAAGGAGUUCUUCUGCACCUACGACAUCGAAGUCCUGACCGAAAUGCAGGUUGCAGCUGUGGAUAUCAAGAACAAGAUAGCCGUGUUCAAAGAUGGAUUUAAGAUGGAAUACAACAAGUUGCUGAUAGCGACUGGAAACACGCCCAAAGCUCUCAGCUGCAAAGGUAAGGAGGUGGAAAAUGUUUUCAACAUCCGGACGCCUGAAGAUGCCAACCGUGUUGUGAAGUUGGCCACAAGCAAGAAUGUGGUUAUCGUGGGAGCAUCAUUCCUGGGGAUGGAGGUGGCUGCCUACCUCACGGAGAGGGCCCACUCGGUGUCAGUGGUGGAGCUGGAGGAAGUCCCCUUCAAGAAGUUCUUUGGGGAGAGGGUUGGCCGCGCUGUCAUGAAGAUGUUCGAGGGCAACAGGGUGAAGUUCUACAUGCAGACAGAGGUGUCGGAGCUGCGGGAGCAGGAGGGCAAGCUGAAGGAGGUUGUGCUGAAGAGCGGGAAGGUCCUGCGCGCCGACGUGUGUGUCGUCGGUGUCG